AUGAGCAUUUGACUUUGAAAUUCAAGACCGGAAUAUACAAACUAGUAGGGGAGUGUGAAUGAACCUGCCCGUGAGAUAAUAAACAUGUACAGAAAAAAAGUAGUUCUUGACAGCUCCUCGUUUUAACUUCAUCGCUGAACCUCGGCAGGUUAUCCAUAUGGCCUCCUGGAUUAUUCAGAUGACUGUGAUGAUGCUGUCUGUCUUCAGCAGCCAGGCAAAGAGGGACAAGGAGCUCUACUGCUCUGCCUGCAAGGCAGUUGUGGACGAACUGAACUACUCAGUCAGUCAGGUGGACCCAAAAAAAACCAUCAACGUGGGCGGCUUUAGACUCAACCCGGAUGGAACCAUGAAAGACAAGAAGGUCCCUCUGGCUCGCUCAGAGACUCACCUCAGCGAGCUCCUGGAGGGGGUCUGCGAGAGCAUGGGUGACUACGCCGUCCACGUGGACCCGGACACGCGGGUCAAACAGUUCUUGAGGUUUGCUCCCAGGAGCAGCGGGGCCACCGGAGACUUCCCCGACUUCAAGAAUUUCCAGUUCGACGGACCCGAGGCCUCCAACGCCCUGAAGUUUGCAUGUGAGAGCGUCGUGGAGGAGCUGGAGGAUGAGAUCAUCUCCCUGUUCAGCCAGGACGUGGAACAUGUGCACCAGGAGCUAUGCAGCAGAGUGUCAGGCUACUGUACAGACAGCCAUCACAGCAACCAGGAGCUGUAGCGCUGUGGGGGUUUAUUGGAAGUUGGGACCAGUUUUGUAACAGACGACAUGAAAGCCCUUUACAAAUGUGUUUUACACAUUGUUGUCAAUCUUUUAAAAUAAAUAGAAGAAAUCUU